AUGGAAAGUGGUAAUGAUAAUGAGCUAGUGAGGAACAAGCAAGUGAUCCUAAAGGACUAUGUGUCUGGUUUCCCUAAAGAAUCAGACAUGUACGUGAGUAGCAAUGGUACCAUGAAGUUGAAGGUCCCAGAAGGUUCCAAUGGGAUUGUGGUGAAGAACCUCUACCUAUCCUGUGAUCCCUACAUGCGUAGCCGUAUGAUUAAGAACAAGGCCAUCACUGGCAAUUAUUACAUUGACUCCUUCAAGCCUGGUUCACCCAUUCUUGGACUUGGUGUGGCAAAAGUUUUGGAUUCUGGGAAUCCAAAUUUCAAGAAAGGUGACUUAGUUUGGGGAAGAACUGGAUGGGAAGAAUAUAGUUUGAUUACAGAUUUUCAGAAUAUGUUUAAAAUCCAACACACUGAGGUGCCUAUGUCCUACUAUACUGGCAUUCUUGGUAUGCCUGGUUUGACUGCUUAUGCUGGUUUUUAUGAGCUUUGCUCUCCUAAGAAAGGAGAGAAUGUCUUCAUUUCAACAGCUUCUGGGGCAGUUGGUCAGCUUGUUGGGCAGUUUGCAAAGCUGUUAGGUUGCUAUGUUGUUGGAAGUGCUGGAAGCAAAGAAAAGGUCGAUUUGCUGAAGAACAAAUUCAAUUUCAAUGAGGCUUUUAACUAUAAAGAAGAGCCUGACUUGGAUGCAGCUUUGAAAAGGUACUUUCCAGAAGGUAUUGAUAUUUACUUUGAGAAUGUUGGGGGAAAGAUGCUUGAUGCAGUGCUACUCAACAUGAGAGCCCAUGGUCGCAUUGCUGCUUGUGGCAUGAUCUCACAGCACAACAUUGACAAGCCUGAAGGUGUGCACAAUUUAAUGCAUCUGAUUUACAAAAGGAUUCGUAUAGAAGGAUUCUUUGUUUUUGAUUACGAUCACCUCUACCCAAAGUUUCUGGAAUUGGUUCUGCCUCAAAUUGCUGAAGGGAAGAUUGUGUAUGUGGAAGACACAGCUGAAGGCCUUGAGAGUGGCCCGGCAGCACUUAUUCGCCUAUUUUCUGGCCUCAAUAUUGGUAAACAGGUAGUUUUUAUUACCCAGGAGUGA